CAAAAGAAUUUUCGCGUGGAGACGAAUCGAGGUCUAGAAAUGAAGCUAAAGUGGAAACGACUAGACUGCGCGAGCAGGAUCGUUCUCGACGAAACAGUUCGAGGGAGCGCCCUCGUCGAAGCGGAUCCAGGGAUCGUUCUCGUCGAAGCAGAUCCAGAGAUCGUUCGCGCCGGAGUAGAUCCAGAGAUCGUCCUCGGCGGAGCAAGUCCAGGGAUCGUUCUCGUCGAAGCCGAUCCGGAGGCCGUUCUCGUCGAAGCAGGUCCGGAGAACGCAGUCGUCGAAGCAGAUCCGGGGAUCGUCACAGGCACUCGCGAUUGUCGAGAAGAGAAUCGUCUCGAGAUCGACGCACUGAUAAGGCGAAAGCGGCAGACGUUGCAAAAAGUUCCAGGAAAAGAGAACCCGAAAUGA